ACCCUCAAUCAGAGCUUGCUUCUCUUUCUCCCAAAUCCACUCCCCCUUCUUCCAACCCUCAAUCAGAGCUUGUUUAUCCUGUGUGAAAGAUUCUUCCCCUAAACCCCAUUAUAUGUGCGAAAAUGGGAUCCGAAGCUAUGGUUCCAGAAUGGGCAUCGGAGCCUUGCAUAAUGGGAAUCGACGAAGCCGGAAGAGGUCCCGUUCUUGGUCCUAUGGUCUAUGGCUGUUUAUACUGUCCUCUCUCCUACAAGAAAACCCUAGCUACUUUGAGUUUCGCCGAUUCUAAGACUCUGAAGGAAGAGAAGAGGGAGGAAUUAUUUGAAGCUUUGAAAGGCAACGAUUCUAUUGGAUGGCACCAAUGAUUGUUCAAACAGAUUUGUUGUAUUUGUAUAGGUUUUAGGGUUAUCAGAAGUUGAAAAUGGUGGAGAAGGGUGCAGGUGGUAGAAAAGAAGAGGUUGUUACCAGGGAGUACACAAUCAACCUCCACAAGCGUCUCCAUGGCUGUUCUUUGGCAGAUUUAAAAGGUUCGUCAAAGAGUUUCCCAAAGCAUGAGACACGGCACCUUUCCGAACACAAGAUGUGCUAAGUUUAGUCCUGAUGGAAGGUUUGUUGCCACCGGAAGUGCAGAUACAUCAAUAAAGCUAUUUGAGGUUUCAAAGAUCAAGCAGACGUUGCUCCCAGAUGCAAAGGAUGGUCCUGUGCGGUCUGUUCUAAAAACAUAUUAUGACCAUACACAACCAAUAAAUGAUCUGGAUUUUCAUCCGCAAGGUACUAUCCUGGUUUCUGGAGCCAAAGAUCAGACAAUAAGGUUUUUUGAUGUUUCAAAAGCCAAUGCCAAGAGAUCAUACAGGCUUAUCCAGGACACACACAAUGUUCGCUCUGUAUCUUUUCACCCCUCAGGAGACUUUCUGUUGGCAGGUUUAUGGUGUUUGAUGAAACUGAAGGUUCUGGUCUAUGUCUACGUUUGA